AUGGCCCCGAACAAACGAUUGAGGACUACCCGAUCUGUGCAGCCUAUGGAGGCCCCUACACAACAUGAUUCCAUAGGCGAUGGACCUUCACUCCAAGGAGCUACUAGCAAUGAUGAUUUAGGGGUUUUUCUCCCUAAUGAGGAUCCUGAACAGACAAUUCCCACACCUGGGGAGAGAAGGCGUGGUGUUACCCGCAUGCCAGACAUAUGGAAUUUAUCGGAGGAUGAAAAAGUAAUAAUUGAAUUUAAUGCCUUGGGUCAGCCAAUUUGCGAUCAAGGCGGGAGGUUCAGUACUUUCGCUGGCACACUUGUUAAGGAUAAGAACAUUAUGUCUAUAGAUGUUGCGAAUUGGAAGAAAGUUCCUAAUAGACACAAGGCGGAUGAGUGGAACUUAAUACAAAAAAAGUUCUUCAUACCAGAACGCCAAGCCCCGAAAAUCAAAAAGUGGGUAUUGCAAAAUAUGGGAAAGCAAUUGCGGGACUAUCGGAAUGAAUUGAAGACUACUCACUUUAGCAAUUCAUUAACUGCUGCAAAAAUAGUGGCGAGUGCUGACUCAACCAAAAUUAACAUCAUGCAAUUUGCGAAUCUUGAGAAGGCGCAAGUUGCUAAGAGGAAAUCUGCUGGGGCUAUACCAACCAGGCCCGCAAUCAUUGUUGACACACAUAAGCAUAAUGAUGGCAUGCAUGUGAACGAGGAGACAAGACGAAUUGUUUCUCAAAUUGAGGAAAGCAUAAUGCAGGAGCCUCCAAACUCGCAAAAGGGUACCCAAGUAGGCAGCAUGAUGUACCAUCAUAAUGAUGCCUACUCAAAAUCUUUGGGUAAGGAACAUCAUGGUUGCAUGUGUGGGUUUGGACUAGGGAUUACCCCUUCAUCCCUUCCGGGUCAUGGUAGUUCACAAUCUAUUGCCAGUGCUUCGACAUCAGAAGAUGCACAAGAACUUACGGCACUAAGGAAGAUGCACAAGAAAGAGCAGCAUUGA